UGGGACUUCAGAGCCUCAGAGUCUGUUUACAUAACCAUUAUGCUAUUUACUCCCACCCUAUGUUCUUCCUUUUUUUUUUUUUUUUUUUUACACUCCAGUGUCAUUGCUGGGGCUUGGUGCCUGCACUAUAAAUCCACUGCUCCUUGCUGCCAUAUUUUUAAUUGUUGCUGUUGUUAUUGUUGUUGGAUAGGACAGAGAGAAAUCAAGAGAGACAGAGAAGGGGAGAGAAAGAUAGACUCUGCAGACCUGCUUCACUGCCUGUGAAGUGACUCCCCUGCAGGUGGGGAGCCAGGAUCCUUGCACCAGUUCCUACAUGGAUUUUUUUUUUUUUACUCAGGCUUGUAAUUGCCACUAUUAUUUUUCUCCUAAACAUACAGGACACAGAACAUGACCAGAAGAAACCAAACUAUCGUCUCAGAGUUCCUUCUCCUGGGCCUUCCCAUUGAGCCAGGGCAGCAGAACCUAUUUUAUCUCCUUUUCCUGGCCAUGUAUCUUAUCACUGUCCUUGGGAACCUCCUCAUAAUUUUCCUGAUUCAACUGGAUUCUAACCUCCACACACCCAUGUAUCUAUUUCUCAGCAAUUUGUCCUUUUCAGAUAUCUGCUUUUCUUCUGUGACAAUACCCAAGCUGUUGCAAAACUUGCUGAGUCAAGUCCCAUCCAUCCCCUAUGCUGACUGCCUGACCCAGAUGUACUUCUUCUUGUUUUUUUCAGACCUUGAGAGCUUCCUCCUUGUGGCCAUGGCCUAUGACCGCUAUGUGGCCAUCUGCUUCCCUCUGCACUACACCACCAUCAUGAGUCCAAAGUUCUGCCUCUUCCUGGUGGUGCUGUCCUGGGUGCUGACCACAUUCCAUGCCAUGCUGCACACCCUGCUCAUGGCCCGAUUGUGGUUUUGUGAGGACAAUGUCAUUCCCCACUUUUUCUGUGAUAUGUCUGCUCUCCUGAAGCUGGCCUGCUCUGACACUCAAGUUAAUGAGCUGGUGAUUUUGAUCAUGGGAGGGCUCAUUCUUGUCAUCCCAUUCCUCCUCAUCCUCAUGUCCUAUGCACGAAUUGUCUCCUCCAUUCUCAGAGUCCCUUCUGCUCGGGGCAUUUGCAAAGCCUUCUCCACCUGUGGCUCCCACCUCUCUGUAGUGUCAUUGUUCUAUGGGACAGUUAUUGGUCUUUAUUUGUGUCCUUCAAGCAAUAAUUCAGCUGUGAAGGAGACUGUCAUGGCCAUGAUGUACACUGUGGUGACCCCCAUGCUGAACCCCUUCAUCUACAGUCUGAGGAACAGAGACAUGAAAGGAGCACUGGGAAAAGUCUUCAGCAAAAAGAAAAUUCCCUUAUAUAUAUGA